AUGGAUGCCAUCAAGUCCGCUCUGAACAUUGGCUCCAGCAAGCCUGCCGCCACCGAGCCCUCUGCCGAGCAGCUUGCCCAGCUCAAGGAGAAGUACACCAGUGCUGGACAGGACCACGUCUUCACUUUCUACGAUGACCUGCCUACCUCCGAGAAGGCGACCCUCUUCGAGCAGCUGUCUGGCUUCGACCCCGAGCACAUCAACAAGAUCACCGACCGCGCUCUGAACCCUCCCAAGACCGAAGAUGCAUCCACCCAAUCCGGCCUCGAGCCGUUGCCCGAGUCCGCCACCGCUAGUAUCCUCGAUUCUAAGACUGAAGACAUUGAGAAGUGGUAUCAGUCGGGUCUCGAACUGAUCGGACAGAACAAGGUGGCCGUUGUGCUGAUGGCAGGCGGUCAGGGCACCAGACUGGGCAGCUCAGCACCCAAGGGCUGCUACGAUAUUGGCCUUCCCAGCCAGAAGUCACUCUUCCAGAUCCAGGCAGAGCGUAUUCGCAAGGUUCAGGAGCUUGCCGCCAAGAAGGCCGGCACCAGCAGCGCUGUCGUGCCGUGGUACGUCAUGACCUCCGGCCCCACUCGCGGCCCCACGGAGAAGUACUUCCAAGAGAACAACUACUUUGGCCUGGACAAGGCCAACGUCUUCAUCUUUGAGCAGGGCGUGUUGCCUUGCAUCUCGAACGAGGGCAAGAUUCUGCUCGAAUCCAAGGGAAAGGUUGCCGUCGCCCCAGAUGGCAACGGGGGUAUCUACCAGGCGCUGGUUGUGUCAGACGUCAUGGGCGACAUGCGCAAGAGAGGCAUUGAGCACAUCCACGCCUACUGCGUCGAUAACUGCCUUGUCAAGGUCGCUGACCCUGUCUUUAUUGGUUUCUCAGCUUCCAAGGAUGUCGACAUCACCACCAAGGUGGUGCGUAAGCGCAAUGCCACCGAGUCUGUGGGCUUGAUUUUGCUCAAGAACGGCAAGCCCGACGUUGUCGAGUACUCCGAGAUUGACAAGGAGACGGCCGAAGCCCAGGAUACUAAGCAGCCCGGAGUUCUCAAGUUCCGCGCUGCCAAUAUUGUCAACCACUACUACUCUUUCCGCUUCCUCGAGAGCAUUCCCCAGUGGGCGCACAAGCUGCCCCACCACAUUGCGCGCAAGAAGAUCCCCUACGCUGACCUCAAGUCCGGCGAGACGGUCAAGCCCGAGAAGCCCAACGGUAUCAAGCUGGAGCAGUUCGUCUUUGACGUCUUUCCCAUGCUUGAUCUCAGCAAGUUCGCCUCCAUGGAAGUGAAGCGCGAGGACGAGUUUUCGCCGCUCAAGAAUGCCCGCGGCACGGGAGAGGACGACCCCGACACCAGCAAGCGCGACAUCAUGCUUCAGGGCAAGCGCUGGCUCGAGGCUGCCGGUGCUGUUGUAACCGGUGCAAGCGAGGAGGACGGCGUCGAGGUCUCUCCUCUCUUCAGCUACGGCGGCGAGGGACUGGAGAAGCUCAGCGGCAAGGAAGUCAAGGCUCCUGCCGUGUUGGAGAUGGAGUGA